AUGGUACAAUCUGAGAUAUUGUAUAGCCUUUCUAACGGUGUGGCUACAAUCACCUUAAAUCGUCCUAGUCGAGGAAAUGCGCUCACACUAGCCAUGAAUCAGGCCAUACUUAACCUUUUGCCUGUACUAGCCAGUGACCCAACUGUGCGUGUCCUGAUUCUCACAGGAGCAGGACGCUAUUUUUGCACCGGCAUGGAUCUCGGAGCAGCUAUUAACAUCGGUGCUAACAAUAGUCCCCAUAGCCCCAGUAAACAACAAGAACACAAUCCAUCAAACGGCUUUCAGGCCGGUCUGGAUGUUUUUGAUGCUCUCUAUCGUUUUCCAAAACCCUUGAUUGCUCGCAUCAAUGGCCCAUGUCUAGGCGGAGGUGUAGGCCUGGUGUUCGUGGCAGACAUCCGAAUAGCCACAAACACGGCCUACUUUGCCCUCACCGAAGUCAAACGUGGUAUCGUCCCGGCCAUCAUAUCACAGUAUCUUGUUCCCGAACUGGGUUCCCUUCGUGCACGUGAAUACAUGCUGACCGGAAGACAGAUCUCAACAACUGAAGCUCAUUUUCUCAGUGCCGUUGUACCCCAAGAUCAGUUGGACACCAAAGUACAGGCUUAUUGCCAAAUGCUCAUCAGUUCUGCCCCCCAGGCCAUGGCUGACAUCAAGCAACUGAUUCACACGGUCGCCAGUCGGGCCAACCCAACCAACGAUGACAAUGUACGACUUGAGGUCAAUAAAGUCUACACCAAUAUGAUGCAAUCUGACGAGGCUGCUUAUGGAAUCCAGGCCUUUCUCAACAAACAGACUCCAGACUGGACAGCAUAUUUAAAGAAAAAAUCCAAACUUUGA